AGAUUAGCGGACAUGUCCAUAGCACUCAAGCAAGUCUUUAAUAAAGAUAAGACCUUCCGCCCAAAACGGAAGUUUGAACCUGGAACCCAGAGGUUUGAACUUCAUAAACGAGCGCAGGCCUCUCUGAACUCAGGCGUGGACUUGAAAGCAGCUGUGCAGUUGCCCAGUGGAGAAGACCAAAAUGACUGGGUGGCUGUCCAUGUUGUUGACUUCUUCAAUAGGAUCAACCUCAUUUAUGGAACUAUCUGUGAGUUCUGCACAGAGAGGACCUGCCCAGUGAUGUCUGGAGGCCCUAAGUAUGAGUACCGGUGGCAGGACGACGUGAAGUACAAGAAGCCCACAGCAUUGCCAGCACCCCAAUAUAUGAAUCUUCUCAUGGACUGGAUCGAGGUGCAAAUCAACAAUGAGGAUAUAUUUCCUACAAGUGUAGGUGUUCCCUUUCCAAAGAACUUCCUUCAGAUCUGCAAGAAGAUACUCUGCCGGCUUUUUCGGGUGUUUGUUCACGUCUACAUCCAUCACUUUGACCGUAUCAUCCUUAUGGGAGCUGAGGCCCACGUCAAUACCUGUUACAAGCAUUUUUAUUACUUUGUUACAGAGCUCAACCUCAUAGACCGCAAAGAACUAGAGCCUUUGGAAGCAGAAUUUGCAAAAGCUAUUAGGGUCUGGGUGACAGAAGAUUUCAACGUUAAACAUGUUCAGGCAAUUACAUAUUGA